GCGUUGGAUGGGGGUCGAGGCUGGCCGGCAGGUCGGGCAGCAUGGAUCCAGCGCCCCGGGUCGGGGCGAUGGACGGAGAUCAAGAUUGGCCAGCAAGUCGUGGAGCAUCCAGUGCCUGUAACUGGGUAGUUACACGUAGUGUGUCUUCGUGAUCAUCUUGAAACGCAAACGAAUGCACUGCAGAUCUACGAAGAACAAGCUGCGCGAUCCAGCAGCAGCGUACACGCACAGACGACACAAAUUCGUCUGGCCAGUUUCUUGCCAACCGCGCCGGCGUGUUGGCGACACGAAUAAUCUUUCUCUUUCCUAAAGGGUUCACAUUUGCUUCGCAGUUGUUUGUUGUUCAGCGAACGACGAUAGCGCGAGGAUCUUCACAAGUUCGCUCUCAGUUCUCUUUCCAUUCUCGCACGCACGCUUGCUCGCAGCGUUCUUUUGACAUCCAAUGGAACGCCGGUGGUUUGAUGUGCUGACAAGUUACAGUGCCCGGGGCCUCAGUCAGAGGCCCCGGGGCGGCGGCGGGCGCCUAUUAAGGCGCUAUCCCGUGCGGGAUUUUCAAAAAAGAAAGCCUGUUCGUGGGGCCGCGAGGCGAACAAGUUCGCCGGCGCAAAGGGGCCCGGCCCGUGCCACUGCGCAAACCCGCCGCAGGAGGUGGGUCUUGUCAGGUUUGUGGCUGGCCCAUAGUCGCGAAAUUUCCAUGAAGGGGAGGGGCCCUAGGGGUCAUGACAGAGAAGGGCCGGGAAGAAGGCCUUUUUGUCAGUCGUCCCUUUACAAUCGGAAAAGGCCUCGCAGCACGAAGCUCAGGCCCCGUCCGAGCAGCCUUGCAGAGCCUCUGCGAAAGAAACGCAAGAUGGCCCAGCGGGCUCGGACCCAAACACACGAGAAGAUGCCUGUCUGACGGAAGCGCCACACGCAGUACGAAAACGCGAUCAAAACUACGCGGGCGAAUGGGCUCAGGCAUGUCAACCAGCUGAGUGCCACCAUUCUUGCAAGCCUAUACUACAAAAACAGCGAAUCUGUCAUGCGUGGUGACUGAUGUGUUCUAGAUCUGGUCCAAAUGGUUUCAAAAGAUGUUGGCUGGUGGUCAUUGUGCCGCAACAUUUCGCAAUGUUGUCCCACUCCCCGGCCCUUGUCGGGAUUCAUAGCAUUGGACUUGAGAGACAGCUUCAUCAUCGGUUUUGUCAUCGGCCUUUUCGUUUUGUCAAUUUUCAAAAAGUGCUCGUCGUGUGGACAAAGAAAUUGUCGGUCUGUGGUUGCAUGGUGAAACAUGCAAGGAGUUCUUGCUCAUUCAUGAAAAACCCAGCUUCUUUUCUACCCGACGAAGUCGCUCGUUGGUGCCAUGCAAAGCCAUAUCAGAUUUCUCAAAUUCGUGUUCUGUUGGACCAGGUCCCUGAGGUGCAUUCCUCGCGCGGUGAAAAUCAAGAGAAUUCUCUUCGUAAAGACUAACGAAAAAGCUGAGAUAGUUCGGAGUGUAGCGCACUGCUAAUAAGAAUUGUAGUCACACAUUCAAAAUCCCAAAGAGAAACACGAUCGCGGUUCUUUCGUUUUCCAGAGACCGGAGCUCAUGGUCCUGGUGAGAGUAGACAUGGAAAUAAAUACUCUCUAGAAGAUAACGUAAAAAAACUAAGUGUGGACAUCAAGUAGAAACUGCUGCAGAACAAUCCGGCCGACCGGUUCCCCACAGCCCAUCACUUCCCACUUGCCCGCGCGGCCUUCAAAGUGCCGCGAUUCUUGGCAGCCUUCCGGUCGGUUAUGUUGCUCCGCUUCUGCUCCCAAGCGGCGAGUUUCUUCGCGUACAUGUCGAAUUCCUCGUCCUCUUUCUCGGUGAAAUACACUACGGAGUAUUUCAGCAUCGUGUGCAGGUCCUGGGCGGUCUUGGCAACUGUGAAUGAUUAUUAUUUUCAUAGUUGGAGACGGGCACUGUACUCGUAAAUUCCAGCGGAUGAGAAUCAAAACGAAAUAGGAAAAAACAUAACACCGCUGCGCACUAGGAGAAUGAAAGCGAAAUAGGAGGAAACGAGAUAGGAAGGAACUCAUAGCGCCACUACGCAAUUAUAAAAAAUCGAAGUUGGAAGCACGUGCUUCGGUCGGCUUGGUGUCCAACACCUUCACCAUGCCUACGAAUUUCUUGAGCAACGGCGCGACGGCCUUCAGGUUCACCUUCUGCGCCUUCGCGAGGCGGGUACCGUAGUCCUUGACGAGCUGGGCCGUCUCGUCGUCGCCCGCUCCCAUUUUGAUAGCCUCCUGCCGGCCGGUGUACGAGAGGGCCAGCCAGUUGCUCAUCUUUUCCGAAGCCGUGUCCCAUUUCCCACCACGCGUCCACGUUUUCUUGUCCUCGGCGUACUCGUCCUUGCACUCCGACAGAAGCUUGUAUUGGUCCCGGUCGAUCUGAUUCACCUCCUUCUCCAGCAGGAACAGGUCGUAGGAAAUGGCAGGCAGGUCGCCCGCCUUCUUCGCGGUGGCCUGCUUGAGAAAGAGCCUGGCUGUUUUGAAGAUGUGUUUUCUUUUUUAAACCGGUGCCCCGCAUCGCAGUGGAGGAGCAAGCUAUAAUCUAAAAGAAGUAGAGCCGGUUAGCUCGUCACGCCAUGAUUACCGCGACCCCCCCUGGCAAAGACCAAUGUAAAUACACAAAGAAGUCGCGCAACAUCUAUCGUUCUCCCGGCAUGUGAAGCAAUACUCAGAGAAACUCGAAACCAUUCCUACGCAACAAUAACAAUACACGCUCCACGACCCGCCCUCGAUGCGCUUCGCCAAUUUCUUGUGCACGUCGAUCCGCGCGUCCUUGAGGUUCUGCAUGACAUCGAUCCCCGCAAGGCACUCGUGCAUCUCCGCCGGAGUUUUGUUGUCCAGAAAGACCGGGCGGAGCCAGGGUCCGCAGCAGCGGACGCCGCUAUCGUGCAAAACCCCAAACAGGGCUUUGUACCAGCCUCCGGCCCUCUUAUCCUUCUUCGCCUUCGAUUUCAGGUCCUGCAGGUUGGCGCUCACAAGUAUACCCCCACAGGCCUCGGCCGGGUUGAAUUUGCAACGCACACUCUGCAUCUGCUCAAGUCGUUUACUAUCCUGUGUAAAAGUGGUCAGACUUGCACCUAUGCCACCUCUGCAUUACAAAUUUUCUGCCUUUGCCUCCGUCUGCAUUACAAAUUUCGUCUUUCCCCUUCAGGAGAUUUGUCAUGCACGUUGCGCCACUGAGCGAAAUCUGCAAUGCAGAUUUCGUUUCGCGUUGCAGACCCAACCAGGCCCAGAACUUCACUCCGAUAAAUGUAAGCAACGCCUUGCCCUCGAGCGGCUUCUUACUCUUGUAGCAAUCGACGAUCGGCUGUGCUACCUGAAGAAGUGGCUUUUGUGGUCAUAUUAGCAGGGCGAAAGCUCCUGCACAGGAGGCAGGCUACGAGAUGGGUGAUGGGGUAUUUAGUUCUUGGGAUGUCACACGGCAUCACUACACGAUGAAACAGUACCGCUAGAGUGGACGUUUUCUCCUGCACCAAAUCGGCCAUGUCCUUCAACGAGUCGAGUUCGGUUUUGAACAAGCCCAGCACUUGGCUUUUUUUCAAUAUAUAUGCAUCCCAAAAAUGCCGCGUGCCUCGUGGCUCCGAAAGCAAUCUCGUCGCCAUGCGAAAAAACAUCUCUUUCUCAUGCAAAAAAAACAUCUCUUCGUCAUGCGCAAUUGCCAGUAGGGAUGCUGCAUUUUUUCGCGUACGGUUUUCACCACCUCGAGAGCCUUGGACUCCGGGACCUUGAAUUUUCCACCCACCGUGUUGGCCACGACCACCUCGUGGGCGGUCAAAGAAUCGGCAUCAAGCGCAGCCAGGUGCUUGCGGUGGCUGUGUGGGUUGGUUUUGAAGUAAUUUUCUCAACGCGAGGGGCAGGCAAAGAAAGAUACGGCGUGCAAGAAUCCAACAAGUUUCGGCCUGUGGUCGUUGCAAGAAGAAACUCCAUGUGUUUUAGUAGGUGCAAAGGAAUACAAUACCGCUCCGCAUACUGCUUCCGGGUCAACCCUCCCACAGACCACCGCGAGGUGAGCAACCCACGACCGGCCGUCUUGAGGUCCUUCUUGUGCACGUCAGUCGUAAUUCCCGCAACUGGAGUGCGUUUUAUUUUGUUUUGUUUCGAACAACAAAUCUGUCAUGCAAAAAAGUGCUCGGGUGGACAUGGUCACGUGGUGGACCCUGAAUCGAAGUCACCAUUUGAAAAAGGUGAAGCGAUACCUUCUGCCGCGCGGUCCAUCGCGUAAACGCACUCGAUAGUCUCGCUGUCACCCUCCGGGUCGUCGCAGGAUUUGAGAAUCCCCAGCAGGCCCUUGCCGACAUUCCAGCACCCCAUCUCAUCGGAGGUGAAUGGCCGCCGCAGUUCCGAAGACGGAAUGUGAGCUUGUCCCCCGUCCAUGUCGAUAUCCACUGGAUCAUCCUCACCCUCCAACAAUUCGGUGGACGCGUUGAUCAUAGCCAGGGUCGCAGGGUCAAUUUCUGAAGCUUGAAUCUUAUCCAAUGCAAAAGAUCAUAUCAACAAAAGAUUCUGCAAAACAAUGAUGCGCUGCCAGUUAUAAACUUGAAUCUGUCAUGCAAAAAUCGAACAAGCAAGUAAUCUCUCCGGGUAGCAGUAUCUUUUGUUGUAGGUUUUUGCAAUGGAUAGCUGGACUGCGAGGGCACCACCAUGUUACUGUUGUUCUGCGAGUGGGACUGGGAGGCCGCAAAGCCACCCCCUCCACCGGCAGCGCCGGCGACGGCCGAACUAUUGAUCGAGGAAGAAGAAGAGGGUCCCGCCAGAGCCGCCGUAUUCUGGUUGAUCGCCGCAGAAGAAGAAGACAAUGCAGCUGCCUGGGGGCCGGUAGAAGAUGCGUCUUCCAUCAGAGCGUCCGUGUCUCCCAAGAGCGACGAAUUGUUCGAGGCGGCGGGGGCCGCAACAAUGUUCUUGUUUUGGUGGACGGGUGCCGCGAACAAGGAAUUCUUGGGCUGGUACAGGCGCCGCAGCUCAUCAGCGUGGCCAUUGCAGAGAGCAAUAGCCAUCUCUUUCUGUUUCUCUUUUUUGGUAAUCCCGAAAACCUCCGCAACCGAGUCCCGCAACAACCCCUCCUUUUCCUGCGCCAUCGCGUCCUGCUCAGCGAGAAGCAGCUUCUUCACCUGCUCCUCCUUCUGCUUCCCGAGUUCAAAUUUUUUAAAAGUCUUCUUGUUCUUCGGGAUCAGUUUGAGGAUGAUGUGCUCGACAAUAUCCAGCUUUUGCUUUUGAUGGUUGGCGCUGUCGUAGAUGAACUUGCGGGUGAGCAGGUCGGGGGUGAACUUCCAACCUUCACAGUUUCUACCUUUGCUCUGGAACCACGUAGCGAUCGCGUCUUUCAAAGCCUCGUCAUUGAGCGGGUCGGUCAACUGCCUCUUGCGGAUGUUCUUCGGGGCCGCCUGGUGGGCCUGGUCUUCUCCGUUCUCCGCUUCCAAUACCUGAGAUGGAGUACGCGAUAGUUGUAUUUGGAUUUCAAGUCAAUCGCCCAAAAGUGCACCUGUACUACUCAAAUCUGACAAAGCUAACAGGUCUGCCCCGACCGCCCCAGGUCGUGAUUGCGAUUCUACGUGUUGGUUUGUAAUGCUGCUUACCUUAAUAUUCCAGGAGAUCCGGGAAAAGUCAAGCAAUAUGCUGCAAAACAGCAUGAGAAACGGCGGACGGGGUGGCUCCACAGAUUCCGAAAAGACCGGGAAAAACGCCCCGCGCUUUUCGGCUAAUUUUUGCGCAAGUUUUGCGGGCUUUUUUUGCGCUUUUGCCCCCCCCCCAAACUGCAGGCGAAAACGCACGCAAUCAGGCCGGGAGUGCGGUCGGGUUUGGCCCUUUCCCUGGGCCUGCUAUUCACCCUGCUAUUCACCCUGCUAUUCAACCUGCUAUUGGGCCCCCUUUUGGGGGGCCUCUAUUCAACUGCUAUUCGAUUCGGUUUCGCGGCCUUUUUGCAAAGGUCGCGGCCGAACUUUUGAUCUGCUUCUAUUCAAUUUCCUUUGCAAAUCACAGGGAAAUCGCAGCCCCUCUGCGAAUAGCAGCAGAAAUCAGCCUGCCCGCAAGCCAAAAUCCCGCAAUUUCGGAGCCUCGGAAUUGCUUCUCCCGGGAGAGUUGAGAGAAGCAAUUCCCCCCAGGAUCUCCUGGAGAAAUACGCACACUCACCUACGAACAAGUAGAAAAAAUACCUCUUCGCUCGCGCCCGCCGAAAACUUUGGGUCGUUAAGCUGCAGGACGUCGUCGGAACCCUGGCCCGCGGGGCGCUUGUUACUUUUGUUUUUGACGUUGAGCAGCGCACUACUCGGGUUGCUGCCCGGUGCGGCCGCGCCCUUCGCGGUGGAGGUGCUAGAGAGAAGUCCGGGGGCCAUGAUGUUUUUUGGUGUUUGCAAGACAAACAGGAAGGAGAGAACGUUGCCGAGGCAAUGCGGAAGAGUCGCUGACUAGAAAAGGUUCAUGCACAGAAACGGGAAUUUGUAAUGCAUGGCGCCAUCAUCACGUGUUGCACAAAUCCAAAAAGAAAAACAGGCUGAGGAGGAAAACAACGCCAAAAGUUGGAAAACAAAAUAUGAGCCGGGGAUCUCGGUGCUUCGUGCCAAUUCAUCGCGUGACUAUUUCAUUUAAGGUUCAACGGGUCUGAUAAAGAUGCCUUCAGAUCCUAGACCGUCCAGUGCUUCGAAAUAUCUGCUCCGGUUCUUGUCGAAGUAGAGACUUUUAUCUUUCAAAUGCUUGCGAUCACGAUCGAGCUGUGGUGAGUAUGUUUCCACAUAUUCUGCGCGGCACAUCUCGCUGUAGGGAUCAGAAGUCUCUGCGUCAAAACGUUCAAUACCAGCACGCUAUUGAUCAAAAAAAUCUACAAGAGGCUCCACUUUAUGAGCCUCUUCCGAUCUCCGAGACAAGAGAUUGCUCGAGUUUGUCAUGCUGAUUUGCUCCACUACAUAAAAGCGCGAGCCUUGCCUAGGGGCCGCCCUGACAUGCGGGAAGGGCUCUGCGCAUCACAAAUUUGAUCCGAAACAUGACAGGCCUCAAGUAGAUGACUUUUGAUAUUGCGACGGCCCAUUUAAAAAUCCGCCAGAGGAGAGCGCAGUGCUCUCUAGCCUUUGCUUCCUCGCCCCAUAUUCUAACCGCGGCGUCUUUUGCGACUGGAAGUCCCAAGUCGCCGAGCCUUUUCUUGAGCUCUUUGUCGAUUAUAUCAAAUUUAUAAUUUGCCACCGCGGUCUUCAGGUGUUUCACACACCACGCCCCGCCGCGGGCGAUGACUCUCAUAGCCGGGUCGGUCGUGAAGUCCAGGGUCUCGCCUCCAUACUUCUCCUCUGCCUCUCUGCGCGCGCGGGCCAGUUCGUCUGCUGCUUCUUGUCGCAUUUCUUCAUACUGCUCAUCAUCCCGCACAUGGUCCGCCGGCCUGUUGACCUCGAGGUCCCGCAGCCGCCUGACGUGCGCAGCUAACUCUCGUUUCUUUUUCUGGAUGUGCUGCUCUGAUCGAUUUUCCUUCUGGUCCCGCCGCUGAACCUUCCCACCGGCAAGCAUAGUCGCGGAGGGAUGGUGGGAAAUGUUGUGGGCUGUUAUUUGCAUAUCGAGACCGAGACACGCAACAGUUACGGUCCGCGCCUGUUCUGGGGAGAUGAAGAAAACUUCGGCAAACUCUUCAAACAACGUGAAUUCGACGAGCUCGGUAGUCUUCCACAAUAAAGCCGGGCAGGCGGCGUCGCCUUCUGCCUGCGUCAGACGAACCCCACCGAGCAGAAGCGGGGUUUUUACUGCAAGGGAGAUUUGGUAGAUGUCCACCGCUGCGUCGAAGAAAAACUGACCGGGGGUCCGUGGCCGCACCACGAGCAACCCACCCCGAAUCUUUUGGCCGGCCUUGUGCCGCCGCACCAGUUCUGAAACCCGAUAGUCUAGGUCCGGCAAGUGGAAAUAGGGCAGGACGAACUCGGCGGACUCGGGGCAUCAAAGAAAAAAACCCGGCCGGGCCUGGAAGAUUGCCGGUCUCUGGCUUCUAGGCGGGGUGCAGAAUUUUCGCGCACCAUGACAAAUUAAUCUAGAAGCAAGAGCACUCCGCAUCUUCCAGGGGCCAUCAAGAUGUCCCGGUGCGUAAUGCUCCCUCCGUUACGACGACAGCGAACUCGUCGGUCAGGUGCUGCUGCUCGCACGCCUUCCGUGCGAGGGUGUCGACAUUCUGCCCCGCCAGGUCCUUUACAGCGUUGUAAACAGCGAAAUCCGUAAUGUGGUCGUCGAUGUUGAAGCUGUUGCUGAUCAUGAAACGGCUAACCCGAUCCAUUUCCAGCUCCUCGAGCUGGUCGUACCGGCUGGAGAGCUUGAUCAUCUUAUCAACAGCCUUCGACCGCUUCUCCCUCCGCUUGUCCUCAACUUUCCGCAGAAGGCCUGACCACUUUUCGGGGUCGUGCUUGAUCCUCGCGUAGGUUUCCAUCACUUUGCCCAUGUGCUCGGCCUGCUCUUUUAAAGUUGCCCCCUUUAGUGCGUUUUCGGAAAAAAAGACCGAGUUCGUGCGCACUUGGCUCGCUCCGCUUUCCUUUACCGCCUCCCCGACCGUUAGCGGACCCUUCGGAAGUUGUUCUUUUUUCAAUCCUACGAGGUUGUUGGCCUGCGUGUGUCGCUCGUUCCAUGCGGACUCAUUCACCACCGGAAACCCACGCCGGCCUUUGUGCAACUUGCUAGAGAGUUUGCGUGUCCGUUCGCAGAAAUAGAUUGACUGCGGGGCGGUCAUGAGCAGCUCACAAACAUCGCGGAGGGAAUCGAGGCACCGGGACAGGACGGCUGGCGCGUUCUGCUGCAGAUAUUUGAUCUUCAUCGUGAAACCGGAAUCCGACUCCGCUUCGGGGUGUGCAGCAACCCUCUGCAGGAAUUCUCGGAGCUGGAAAUCCUUCCCGGGCUGCAGGAGACUGCACGGGGCGACGAAGAGGCGGCGAAAAGGGUACAGCUCGAAACUCGCUGCGCUGGCUUCUAUGUAUUGCGUGCCCGAUGUCCCGCAUCAAGGUCUCCUGUUGUUCGGGGGGAAGAUUUGCGACCGGCAAGAGCUGCAGCCAGUUCGAGAAGCGCGCGCCGUCAAUGUCUACCAGAAGUUCCUCGCGGAUUUGGUGCAGGCGGGUGAUGUUGUCCUGUUUCAGAAGCUUUUUCUCCGCCUUUUCAAAAACUCCAAGCCCCAAGCCGAUCCCCCAAGUAGCACGAACGAAGUCCGCCUCUGCCAUCUGCACCUGCGCCGCCUGCUUCAAAAAGCCGACCCGAGUACAAUUAUCAAUCACGAAGCUCCCCAGGUUCAACACCCCGACAAGAACUGCAAGUGCGGCCCGCCGCAUUCCCGAGACGACGUUCCCGAACCGCCCGAACGGGGUAUGGAAGAGUCAAGCAGGGUGCGGGGGGCCCUUUUGCGAGCUAUGUGCAUGAAAGAAGGAUGGCAAGAGCGAUCUUGCCAUGCUUCGCGCGCUGUCCCAUCAAUAAAAAUUUCCCAGUUCCGCAUGACAAACCUAGCUUCUCGUGAGGGCAAAUAGAAUACCAAGGCCGCAAAUAGCUCAGCGUGUUUGGCCCCCAACACCCCUGACCCAGUGACAUAGUGGAUCUCCCGGAAAUUCAGACGCAACACCAAGUCCGCCACUGCGUCGGUCUCUGCGGCCCCGACGGCGCCAAGCAGGAAACUGCCUUCGAAUCGUAGUUGCAGUCGAAUUAACUCGGAAGCAAGUUCAACCGAGUCCGGACCAUCCUCUGCAGGCAGUAACGCACGCACGGCCUGCUGGUAGCGUUCGCGUUCGUGAUCCUCCAUCGGGGCCUCCAAAUAAACCCGGUCCAUCCAGGCCGCCACCCCAUCGCGCAGUGCCCGUGCCGAGCGGCGAAAACUUCUGCGCACUUUCUUGAAGUCCUCCUCCAGGUCGUUGCUGGCAAUAAAAACUUCUAUGCCGUCCCCGAUUCCACCAUGAAGGCCAUGCCCACAACACUCGUCGACCACCCACAAACUCAUCUCCGCACCCAAGGCCGUGCCAACCUUUAUAUUCUGCUCCGAGUGUCUUUGGUGGAUAUGCAGUGCAAAAAAACUGCAUGUGUAAAAAUCGCAAAACUGCAUGACACAAAGGGGCUUCGGGGCAUUACAUGGUAAGACGAGCUUCGUUAUGCAUGUUGAUAAAGUUGUACUGCGAUUCUUACGCGAGCUUUUUUUUUGCCUUGCAUACCCACAAUAGUGCCGCAAUGUUCCGGCCGUAGCACCAUCGCCACAAUAUCGCGCGAGGGAGAAACACAUAUGAAAUUCAAAAACAUCGCACCUAGACAAACUGCGCCGCGACAUGAGAAAUUUUAUGUCUUCCCCGAUAUCGCAUGACAGAUUUCGUUUUUUCUUCGAAACAGAAAGGAAUUUUCAUGCAGGGAGUGUUGGUGGGAUGUUUUUGCAAUGCGUAGAACAUCGCGUCCUCCAAUCUCGGAUCUGCUUCCAGGAUCAUCUCCCGGGCGGUUUCGGUUUGGUCCAAUUCAGCAUACAAUCUCACAUCUGCGUGCCCAUGGACCACGUGCUUGAUGUCCAGGGUCCGCCACAUGCGAGCCAUCGGCUUUGCGUAAAAGCGUCCCCCGCUGCGGAGAAGCUCAGCGCCUGCGCUGUCCGGAUCAUCAAAAAACGCAAAGCCCUGCAGAAUGCAGAGGCAGUCACCGGCGUCCACUACUCCCUUUACCGUUACCCGCAAUGGCGUUCCGUCGAAUUCCAGAUGUUCCAAAACACCCUUUCCCGGGACCGCGGACCGUAAGCGAUUCCGUAUAGUUUUCACCUCACAACACUGCAAGGCGAGUUUUAAUUUUCUCCAAGCUUGUUCAAAAGCUAGGCCCGCUUUCUCCUCGGAGGUAGUCGUCGCAGCUUCUGCCGCCUGUGUGUCCCCCAACUGCUUCGCCAGCCCGCGGAUGUACCACUUCAGGUACCGCCCCCGGCUGAUCCGCGUCAUCCGAGGCAAGGUGACCAAAUCGCGAAACAUUGAAACUGGAAUACUAAAGCCAGAAAAUGGCAGAAGCAGGUCCUCCUCCUCAUCGGACUCCAUUCUGCCCGAUAUGGAAAACCUUGGACCAGAUCUACACACACAUCAUCGCGUCAAGUCUAGAGCUACAGGUGGGGCAGGAUAUCGCUUGAAGCUUAUUAAUCAGACCAACACAGGUCUCCAAAACACGAAAGACGGACCUUCAUUCUGGAAACCAAAUUAACACAACGCGAGAUAACAGGGGAAAACGCAAAAAUCUGAGAUCAAUGGUCAGCCACACGACCAACAUGCAGGGCGGUAAAAUGAACACCGGCAGCCGGGCAACGAAGACAUGUCGAAACUUUUCUACGUUGACCGGGCAGAGAUGCUGCCCAAUGGAACAACAGAAACAACCUGGCCAGGACCUAAAUCAACUUCAGGGGGGUGGCACACGGAGACCGUGCGAUCUACAUAAGAAGAGGGGCCCCCUCGCAUUUCGACAAAAUUAAAACUCCCGCGCCAGAUAGCAGGCCAAUAGGGGGAGAAACCGCCCCGCGGGCCUCUGACUGAGGGGCCGGGGCAUUGGAUGGCGGCUGCGGCUGGUUCAGGGUUGUCCGGUUCUGGGUGAUCCGGUUCCGGUAGGUGUAGG